UUGGUCAACAGAAAUCAUUCUCUUGUCCGACGUUUUUUUACAGAAGUAUUAUUAAUUUUAUUUUUAGGCAAUAUUUAUUAGAAAAAUAAUGUGCUAAGAUGGCUGGUUUUGAUUACACUGGUUACAACAGGCCCUAUGGGUUGGAUCCCAACAGAGAAAGCAAUGAUUUGUACGAUUCCCGCUAUCAGCAAAUAUACGGAUAUCACACACCUAUGACUGAAGAGUACCAGGGUCCACCUCUUGUUAUGGAUGAUAAUUCUGAAGAAGAUAACAAUGCAUAUGUUACAACAGCAAUUAGUGUUGCCAGUCUAAUCACUGAGAAUCUCCUCAGCCAUCCAUUUAUUGUGUUAAGAAGGCAAUGCCAGGUUCACAACAAUCUCCGCAACUGCCAUAUAGUACCUUACACAUUAAUGCCGGUCGUGGUGCGGCUGCAUCGGCGACAGGACUUCACGACACUGUGGAAGGGCAUCGGCUCAACUUGCAUUGUCAAGGGACUCAACUUAGCAGUGGAAGAUGUGGUCGCUAAAGCAACAGGGUGGCCCAAGGAAGUUUCAAAGUGCAAUUCAGUGUUGCAGUUCUUCCAACAUGUGACUCUAAAAUGCAUAAGCCUAGCCAUCAUCACGCCAUUCUACUCAGCAAGCCUGGUUGAAACAGUUCAAAGCGACAUAGCCAGUGACAAGCCAGCUCUCCUUGAUGUGUUCAGAGAGGGGUUCCUGCGUAUACUAGAGUGGGGAACGCCUAGCAGAGGCAGAAUGCUCCCUAUAUGGGCCAUAGUAGGACCGACGGCUGCUUUUGGAGUUACGAAGUAUUUGGCUCACAUAACUUUAAAAAGCAUAACGGUCCGUGUCCUCCGCUUCCAACAGCGCCACCGCCACGAGCUCAGCGACUCUUACAAUGUUAACUACAAACAGUCGCAAAACCCGCUCAUUGAGGACAUCAACUUGAAGGCCAACAUAUUCUCCUUCAUUACCAUGGAGAUAUUGUUCUAUCCCGUGGAGACGAUUAUACACAGGCUUCAUAUACAGGGUACCAGAACAAUAAUCGACAAUCUCGACACGGGUACUUCCGUGACACCGAUCCUGACCGGCUAUGAAGGCUUCAUGGAUUGCUAUAACACCACAAUAGCCAAGGAAGGCUUGUCGGGACUCUACAAAGGGUUUGGAGCCCUCGUACUGCAGCUAGCGGCCCAUUUAGCCAUAAUCAAAUUGACAACCAUGGUUGUGUCAGAAGUGUCCAACCUUCUCAAGCCUGCCAAGACUCCCACAAGUGAAGAUUCUGCUCACUCCCAUCAAAAGUACCUGUUUAACUAGAGAUUUUAGAUCAAUUUCGGGAUUUGUUUUAAGAGUAAUAUGCAGAAAUUAACUCUGUAUGCAAAUCAAUCAAUUUUUAUAUAUGGAUUGACAAACUCUCUGUCAUUGUUACUGUGGAGAUAGCUGAGAAAAAGGCACUACAGACUAUUAACUUGGUAAUGUGACAACAGGUUUACAAUUGUUACAAAUGUUCUUUAAUGAAAGUAAACUGUUCCUAGAUUGGCAAUGGAAAAUACCAUUUGUUGCCAUAUCUUUUUUAGGGAAGUCAGAGCUACAUGCUUAAAAUAAAGAAAUAGGUGUCAACAAUGGUUGAAGUAGGGCUGUCAUGGACAAAAAUUCAAAAACCCAGGAUUUACUGAAAAAAAAUGUGUUUUUGCCCUGGAUACUAUAGAAUAAUUGCUGAAAAAUUCAAUUCUAAUAACAAGUGGUUCUUCUAAAAACCUGUCUGGAUGGACUCAAACUAAGACAAAUCUGGGAAAACAUGGGUGGGCAGCCCUAGUUUAAUGUAGUGUCCGACCGAAGGUUCGGUUUCGGUUUCGGUUUCGGCCAGUUUCGGCCAAAAAAUCAUGUUUCGGCGGUAGUUUCGGUUUCGGCCAAAAAACGGCCGAACCUUUCGGCCGGGCCGAAACUUACGAAAAAAAUAAGUAGGACAACAAUAUUAAUACCUACAUAUUAUACUGAUUCAUAUUAUAGGUACAGAAAUUAAUUGGUUUAUUAUAAAACACAAUUCCACUAAUGAGGGCGCCACUGGACGGUCGACGCAGUCUUAAGAGGCUGUCAAUAACUAUAACGCGCACACUGUCUAAUUGUUUCGGAACGAAUGAGUGAUUUUAUCUCAAUUUAUUAUUGGUUUGUGUUAAUUCCACAUGUCCUCUACUUCAGCUUAGCCUUUGGCCUCGCUGCGCCGUGCUCGGCCUGCGGUCUCGCUUUUUAAUACAAUGGACAUUGGUUGGAGUCUGUGCUUAACUACUUAUCCUGAAGCCUGAAGCACGGCUUUGACUUCACAUGAAAGUUUGCCUCACGGGGCACUUCGGACUUUUAGGCCCAGGUGAAGAUUGGUACCCGGCCUUGCGAUCAACAAAAACUUUCGCGUUCGCGUUUUUGGUUGGUUUUUUGGAUGACCCUGUAUCUACAUGUUAACUUGACUGGUGAAUGAAUAGAGUUAGACCAAGAAAAUUCUGCAAUGAUUUUGAUAGCAUACGCAGUGCAACUAGUGCAAAUGUUAUUUAUACGUCAUAAUUUCAUAGAAGUUUUGACGUUUAGAAUAACACUUGCACUGCGUGUGUUAUCAAAAUCGUUGCAGAAUUAUCUUGGUCUAACUCUAGUAAUUUUCUUAAAAAACUGUUUAAGUAACAUCAAUUUCAAGGAUAUUGGGUGUUGACAGCCCCAUAAUAUGUGUAUAAAAGAGGUUUUAUGACAUUUUUUCAACGAUUUUAACAAGUCUACAAAAGUUUCGGUUUCGGUUUCGGUUUCGGCCGAAACUAGAGCCAAAGCCGAACAUUCGGUUUCGGUUUCGGUUUCGGCAAAAAAACAUGUUUCGGUCGGACACUAGUUUAAUGUUACACCAUUGUUACAAAGAAUGAUAUAAGAGUUGGCUCAUGGCCAGAGAUUUCUAAAAGUAGUUUAUUGAACCCAUAUAAUUCUGCAAUUUGAUGACAAACUAGGGACAAUGAAGUAAUUCCACUGUAUAAAUAUUUCCAUAAUUUUAGUUGCAUGUUGCUUUGUAUGGGACACUAUUGAUACCUGAUACUAUUAAAGCAGAGUCUACUAAUUAUUAGAUACUAUUAAUAUCUUGCAAUAAUGGGGCAUUUCAGAAGUGUUGGUUAUGUGGCACUGUUUGUUUUAACACUGAUAAAGCUAUUUGGUAUGAUAAUGUUAGAUAACUUUAAAUUCCAUGGUAUAUUAUAUAGACAUUUGCAGGUUAUCGUCACAUACCAGACAGGUGACUUUUUUUGGAUUGCCCCACAUCCCACAUAUGAAAUUAAAGUACAGAAUGAAAAUCUUUGAAUAAUUAGGAACAUUAACGGCCAUGACCUUUACAUUGUCUAAUUGCUGAUUGCAACUAUCUAAUCAUAAUUAUUAUAUCUGACUAGGCACAAUAAACCUUUUCUCUUAAACCCAAAAUCCAUUAUAUUGUCAGGUCUUUUCAGAUUAUGUAUAGUCAAUGUUUGUUUUUGUUUAUGUUUUUCUACAGUAGAUAGUUAAGUAAAAUGCUUAUAGUUCAAAACUGUAAAAAGAAGUUUUAAUCAUAAAAACAAAGUUGGAAAAAAGAGAUUCAAUAAACAAUUUGUUGCUA